UAGUGCUUAAUUCUUUAAUUAAUUACAAUGUCAGCCCUAAUUUGCUGGAAAAAAAUUUUAUCGUUGAAAAGUUUGACCAAAUUGUCAAGGAAGGAAGCUUCUGGAUAUUAUGUUUUAGUACCAGAAAUUGGUGAUGAUUUGCCUGAGAAAUAUCCACUUUUGAAAGAAGAAACGAUGCUUCCUGAGUUCAAUGAAAUAACAAUAGAAAAAUGUAUUGCUGCUAUUGCAAAGCAAACAUUAGAUUUUGAAAAAGGAAUCAAACAAAUUGAUAAAGAAUUAGAAGGAUUAAAGAAUGUAAAUGUUUUUACUGACAUAUUUAAUAAAAUUGAAGCAUUAGAAGGUCCAUUAAAAUUAACAUGGGGUAUUUCAAAGACUUUGUAUUAUGGACAUGAAACAUUAAUACCAAACAGUUGUUAUGCUAGUAUUAACAAAAGAGCCCAAGCAUCUCUUGUAAACAAGUAUUUAUCUAAAAAUAUUUUCAAUGCACUAAAACAAGCAGAGAGAGAUACGCGUAAUUUAACAAACUUACAGCGACAAAUGUUAAAAAAGUAUAUACUGGAAUGUGAAUUAGCUGGAACAGGGUUAAACGAAAAUUUACAAAAGGCUUUAUCAAACUACUUAAGAUUGAUUGAUUUGAAAAAAGAAAAAUAUAAUUCAAAUGUCCAAUUUGCAACAUAUACAUUUAAGCAUAAAAUCAAUGAUCCAUCGGUAAUGCAAGAAUUUCCAGUUGAUUUUUUAAAGACUGUAGCUAUUGAUCCCUUAGAAUAUGAAGUUGGACCUUGGGUUAUAACUUUACAUCCCAAAAUUUUAGAGACAUUUUUAGCAUAUUGUCCAAAUUCUUUGUUACGGUGGAAUGUUUGGCAAGCUAAUAAUUUAAGAUGCUCGGCAUUUGGUGAUCAAAAUGUACAAAAUCAUAAAUUAAUAUAUGACAUAUUAAAUAAUAAAAAUUUAUUAGCACAAUCCUUAGGUUUCAAAAAUUAUAUAGAAAUGAGUAUGCCCACCAAGAUGGUUGGUAACAUAAAAAAUCUGAAAAAUUUUUUGGAUAGUUCAUUAGCAGCAGCAUUUCCUCAUCAAGAGAGAGAAAUAGCAGAGUUACAGGAUUUUGCUUGUAAAGAAGGUUUUAAAGGUAAACUUGAACAGUGGGACAUACCUUAUUGGAUGAGAAAACAAAAACUAGCUUUAUAUAAUUAUAAUGAAGAGACCUUAACCAAAUACUUUCCUCUAACAAGAGUGAUUAUCAAUACAUUUCGUUUAAUAAGAGAGCUUUUUAAUGUAGAGAUAAUUGAACGUCAAAAAGUUCAAGGAUGGAAUAAUAAUGUACACUUUUUCGACGUGUUUGAUCCUGAAAUAUCCAUGUCUAAGCCUGUGGGCAGUUUUUAUUUAGAUCCGCUUAUUCCAGAUGAUGAAGAUGCAUUAUAUAGAAACAUGAAUUCAGUAUUACUUAUAAAUAACAGAAGUGAUAUAUGUGGACUGAAACCUCUUUCUUCUCUUAUAUUAACUUUAAAAUAUCCUAACAGUCCAGAGGACAAUAUUUAUAUGAGUUUUGAUGAUGUGAGACAAUUUAUUGCUAAUAUGGGUAUUCUAUUGCAACAGUUACUAACAAAAGUGGAGCAUAUAGAUUUGGCUGGAUUGUCAUUUGUUGAAUGGGAUGCAGUUAAUGUAACCAAACAUGUAAUGGAAAAUUGGGCAUACGAUCCACAAUUUCUUAAAAGAAUUACUUACAAUCCAGAAACUAAUGGGCCACUCGAUGAUGCCACAAUACAAAAAAUAAUUGAUUCACGUUACCACAUGCCUGGUUAUCAUUUAUGCCAGGAACUCUAUUUAUCCUCUUUAGAUAUUGAAUUAUAUUCGAAUGAUUUAAAAUCUUGGGAAAAUAUUGUAAAUCAAAUGUGGCAGAAACAUUUUGUUGUACCGCAUUUUAAGAAAGACUCUUAUGUAUGUUCUUGGACUAAGCUAUUCAUUGAACAGAAUGGUUCUUCCUACUAUUGUGACUUGUGGUCAAAAAUGAUAGCUGCAGAUGUGUAUAGUGCUUUUGAAGAAUGCAGAGAUGACCCAAAGAUGGAGCAAAUGACCUAUAAGCGUUUUAAGGACACAUAUUUCUCUCUUGGCGGUAGUGUUAGUGCACAAGAAGUAUUUCGCCGAUUUCGAGGCAGGGAUCCGAACUACGAUGUCUUUUAUAAAAGCAUGAAACUCAAAUAAUAUAAAUGAAGUUGUAGAAAAAAAUAGAUCAAAUUU